AUGCUGCUGCUCUGCCUUCUUGGCCUGGCCACCGCUGAACCCGCCAUUUAUUUCAAGGAGCUUGACAGAGACGGGUGGACUGCGCGCUGGAUCAAAUCCAAACACAAACCAGAUUUUGGCAAAUUCGUUCUCAGUUCUGGCAAGUUCUACGGUGACCAGGAGAAAGAUAAAGGGCUGCAGACAAGCCAGGGUACCAGGUUUUACACUCUGUCGGCCAGAUUCGAGCCCUUCAGCAAUAAGGGUCAUACACCGGUGGUACAGUUCACCAUGAAACGCGAACGGAACAUCGAACAUGGGGGCAGCUACGUGAAGCUAUUUCCAGAUGGUCUGGACCAGAGAGAUAUGCGUGGAGACUCCGAAUACAACAUCAUGUUUGGCCCGGACACCUGUGGCCCUGGCACCAAGAAGGUUCAGGUCAUCUUCAACUACAAGGGCAAGAAUGUGCUGAUCAACAAGGAUAUCCGUUGCAAAAAUGAUGAAUUCACACACCUUUACAUGCUGAUUGUGUGGCCUGAUAAUACCUAUGAGGCAAAGGUUGACAACAACCAGGUGGAGUCAGGCUCCUUGGAGGACAAUUGGGAUUUCUUGCCCCCCAAGAAGAUAAAGGAUCCUGAUGCUGCAAAGCCUGAAGACUCGGACGAGUGAGCCAAGACUGAUGACCCUACAGACUCCAAGCCUGAGGACUGGGACAAGCCUGAGCACAUUCCUGACCCUGAUGCUAAGAAGCCCGAGGACUGGGAUGAAGAGACGGAUGGAGAAUGGGAACCAACAGUGAUUCAGAACCCAGAGCACAAAGGUGAGUGGAAGCCCCGGCAGACUGACAACCCAGAUUACAAGGGCAUUUGGAUCCACCCAGAGAUCGACAACCCUGAGUAUUCCCCUGAUAGCAACAUCUACGCCUAUGAAAACUUUGCUGUACUGGGCUUGGAUCUCUGGCAGGUCAAGUCUGGCACCAUCUUUGACAACUUCCUCAUCACCAACAAUGAAGCGUAUGCUGAGGAGUUUGACAGUGAGACAUGGGGUGUUACGAAGGCAGCAGAAAAACAAAUGAAGGACAAGCAAGAUGAAGAGCAGAGGCUAAAGGAGGAGGAGGAGAAGAAGCACAAGGAAGAUGAGGAGGAUGACGAUGACGAUGAGGAGGACGAGGCUGAGAAAGUGGAGGAAGAGGAGGAAGAUGCUGCCGCUGGCCAGGCCAAGGAUGAGCUGCAGGGGCCACAGCACCGCCUCCAGGGCUGGACUGAGGCCUGA